AAUUUUUAUUAUUUUUACAAUAAUCAAUACUUCAAACUUUACUUUCAAUUAAUCAAAAAUGGCCCGUACAAAACAAACUGCUAGAAAAUCAACUGGUGCUAAAGUCCCAAGAAAACAAUUAGGUAACAAAUCAUCACACUCCCAAAAAUCUUUCCCAUCCGGUGGUGCUGGUCUCAAGAAAACCCACAGAUACAGACCAGGUACCGUCGCUCUUAGAGAAAUCCGUAAAUACCAAAAGAGUGCUGAUCUCUUAAUCAAAAAACUCCCAUUCCAACGUUUAGUAAGAGAAAUUGCCCAAGAGUUCAAGACUGAUCUCCGUUUCCAAGCUGCUGCCAUCCAAGCUCUUCAAGAAGCCUCCGAAGCCUACUUAGUUGGUUUAUUCGAAGACACCAAUUUAUGUGCCAUCCACGCCAAACGUGUCACCAUCAUGGUCAAGGAUAUCCAAUUAGCCCGUAGAAUUAGAGGUGAAAGAGCUUAAACAAAUUAAUUUUUUUAAAAUCUUUGUAUUGAUUCAAAUUGAGUGUAAUCACUCCAAAGGUGUUUUUUAACACCAC